CAAAAAGUCUCCGGAGCUAGCGCCAGGCUCUUUGCAGCGUCCCCCGUUUAGACGCAGUCUUAGAAGCCGGCGGGGGAAAGGCGUAGUCGCUGGAGCCGAGACCAGGCGGCCACAGUUCUCAGGGAUGAACCUCGAGUUGCUCGAGUCCUUUGGGCAGAAUUAUCCAGAGGAAGCUGAUGGAACUUUGGAUUGUAUCAGCAUGGCCCUGACUUGCACCUUUAACAGGUGGGGCACACUGCUUGCAGUUGGCUGUAAUGAUGGCCGAAUUGUCAUCUGGGAUUUUUUGACGAGAGGCAUUGCUAAAAUAAUUAGUGCACAUAUUCAUCCAGUCUGUUCUUUAUGCUGGAGUCGAGAUGGUCAUAAGCUCGUGAGUGCUUCCACUGAUAACAUAGUGUCACAGUGGGAUGUUCUUUCAGGAGACUGCGACCAGAGGUUUCGAUUCCCUUCACCCAUCUUAAAAGUCCAGUAUCAUCCACGAGAUCAGAACAAGGUUCUCGUGUGUCCCAUGAAAUCUGCUCCUGUCAUGUUGACCCUUUCAGAUUCCAAACAUGUUGUUCUGCCGGUAGACGAUGACUCUGACUUGAACGUGGUUGCAUCUUUUGAUAGGCGAGGGGAAUAUAUCUAUACAGGAAAUGCAAAAGGCAAGAUUUUGGUCCUAAAAACAGAUUCUCAGGAUCUUGUUGCUUCCUUCAGAGUAACAACUGGAACAAGCAAUACCACAGCCAUUAAGUCAAUAGAGUUUGCCCGGAAGGGGAGUUGCUUUUUAAUUAACACAGCAGAUCGAAUAAUCAGAGUUUAUGAUGGCAGAGAAAUCUUAACCUGUGGAAGAGACGGAGAGCCUGAACCUAUGCAAAAAUUACAGGACUUGGUAAAUAGGACCCCGUGGAAGAAAUGUUGUUUCUCUGGGGAUGGAGAAUACAUAGUGGCAGGUUCAGCCCGGCAGCAUGCCCUAUACAUCUGGGAGAAGAGCAUAGGCAACCUGGUGAAGAUUCUCCAUGGCACAAGAGGAGAACUCCUCUUGGAUGUAGCUUGGCAUCCUGUUCGACCCAUCAUAGCAUCCAUUUCUAGUGGAGUGGUAUCUAUCUGGGCACAAAAUCAAGUAGAAAAUUGGAGCGCCUUUGCCCCAGACUUCAAAGAGCUGGAUGAAAAUGUAGAAUAUGAGGAAAGGGAAUCAGAGUUUGAUAUUGAAGAUGAAGAUAAGAGUGAGCCGGAGCAGACAGGGGCUGAUGCUGCUGAGGACGAGGAAGUAGAUGUCACCAGUGUGGACCCAAUUGCUGCCUUCUGUAGCAGUGAUGAAGAGUUGGAAGAUUCAAAGGCUCUAUUAUAUUUACCCAUUGCCCCUGAGGUAGAAGACCCAGAAGAAAAUCCUUAUGGUCCCCCACCGGAUGCAGUUCAAACUUCCUUGAUGGAUGAAGGGGCUAGUUCAGAGAAGAAGAGGCAGUCGUCAGCAGAUGGGUCCCAGCCACCUAAGAAGAAACCCAAAACAACCAACAUAGAACUUCAAGGAGUACCAAAUGAUGAAGUCCAUCCACUACUGGGUGUGAAGGGGGAUGGCAAAUCCAAGAAGAAGCAAGCAGGCCGGCCUAAAGGAUCAAAAGGUAAAGAGAAAGAUUCUCCAUUUAAACCGAAACUCUACAAAGGGGACAGAGGUUUACCUCUGGAAGGAUCAGCGAAGGGUAAAGUGCAGGCGGAACCCAGCCAGCCCUUGCCAGCAGGGGGAGCAAUCUCUGAACUGUUGUGAAGAUCCGAAGUGCUUCGUUCUUCCCCACUUUUCCAUCAUGUGGCCCCUGGACACUGUUCAGCCAUUUGAAUGGACUUUAAUUUAAAACAAAUGCCUCUGCUUCACCCAGGAGGUAGAAGGAGUGAAUUUUAUGUUUGAAUGAAGAAGUGAAUUAUGAAAGAAGAGUAUAUGUCCCUUCCCUUUCAAGCAUAAGUCCAAAUAGGCUCUCAGGAACGAGGAUUUGUGAAGACAUCAAAUGGGAGUUUGACUCAUUUAAACUUUAAUACUGAGUUACGUUGCUGGAGAAAAGAUACCUGUUUUGCUCAUCUAAUUUUAUUGUACUCGGCAUCAUUGGCCUGUCAUUUCCUAUCUCCUGUCUCCUGUCUCCUGUUCUCAGUGUGUGUCCUUGAGUGACUUGUUCUUAUCUGAAAUUCUGCUACUGGCUUCCUUGGAAAACUUCUGUUGCAUAUUUUUCCACUCUGAAACUUACCCUCUCACCAGAUACCUCCUAGAUCUCCAUGCUGUGUACAAAGGAUGGGCAAACAAGAAGGUGCUUGAAACACUUGACAUCUUUAGAAAGGGAAGAACGAUGAGGAGGGCCCCCUCUUCCUAAUGGACCCCGUUUUGCUCAAGCUGGGCUGUAAGAGGUUUUUGUUUUUCUUUCACUGUAUGUUCCCUCCAGUUUGAUUCAUUCUCAUUAAUCAUGUUUUUUUUUAAGGUAGCUAGUUUCAUCCAUCUCCAGCAAGGCUCAUCAGUAAGUAGUUUAUAUCACUUUACUUAUGUGGGCUUCCAGAAAUGGAAACCAAGGUAAGGUGUCUCGACAGGCUUCUUUUUUAUUGGGGUGGGGGAAUCUAUGCAGUGACGACAGUAAAGCCGUCCAAAAUCAAAGCAGCAGCAACAGUUCAAAUCACAGAUGAAGUAACGAGAUUUUUUUUAUCAUUGCCUGUGGCUCUCUGGUCUUCCAUCGGUCAUCACAUUUUCCCUCCUUGUAUCCGAGCUCCUUUUCUUAUGACGUUUCCGUCACUUCCUUUCUAUGAAAGGUUGCUUAGCUUUUUAAAAUUUUUUUACAUUUUGCUUUUGCUGUUCUUUUAUAUAAAAAGUAGCAGAUUGGAUGGAUGUGUACAUUAGAUGUUUGAAAUUCUCUGAAAAUCCAGAGUAAAGAAACCAGGUUGGGGGGGGGGGUGGUGUCUGAGGAGAGCUUCUAGCUGACCAGAAGUGCUUUUCCCGGGUCAGCAUUUUCACAGUGUUUCCGAGAGGUUAUUGUGAGAUGUCUGUCAGCUGGUGGGUGCUCCUAUAGGUAUCCAAGCGAGUUGAUUGCCUUUUGGAUUUUCGGAUAGAAAUCAAAGUAGAACACAUCAAUACGCCUCUUUGUCCUACUCCAUCGUUUUGAACCAAAAUAUUCAGUAGUUGAAGAGCUCUCCUUGCGUCAGUUGCAACGUGUCUACGUUGUUAGAUGCCACUGCUUUUCCCUCGAAUUCUCAUUUUGUGAAUUUCGUUUCAUAUUUCAUCUCGGACCAGUGGUUGAGAUUAGUAGGUGGUUCGCUGACAUAUUUUCGCUUGCAGAAAACUUCCGUUCCAUGUCUCUCUGUCAUACUCGGCGGUAGUGGGCAGACUGUGUGACACGAGGGUUUCUGGCAGCAGCUCCUAAUAACUGUGUAUGCUUCUGGAAUUUUCUCAGCUCCUAAAGUCCCUGUCCAUCAGUGUGAUUUUCUUAAUUUGUACAAUGCAAGCAUUUUCUCUUCUUCCCUUUUGCAUCCCCCCUUCCUUUUGUUUUUUAAUGUUCUGUAGUUUUGUACAAGACGAGACUUAGCCUUGGGUACUUCUUG